CGUACUAAGCAUUUGGAUAUCUACUAUCACUACGUUAAGGAGCGCGUCUGCGAUAGUUAUCUCACAGUUGAACACGUCCACACGACAGCUAUGGCUGCUGACAGCCUUACUAAACCUCUUAAUCGCGUAGCUCACGAGCGAUUUCUCUGUCAAAUCAGCCUC